UUUGGUUGGAAAAAUAAAAAAUACUUUACUGAGUGUCACACGUAAGACACUCGGCAAAUAAGCUUCUUUGUCGAGCGCCAAAACCCGGCUCUCGGCAAAUAUAACGGUCGUCGGCUAUAGACGGCUGCUGACGGCCCUUUACCGAGCGCCGCCCUUCGCCGAGUGUUUGACACUCGGCAAAGAUUUAUUUGCCGAGUGUAUUUCUACGCUGAGAGUCCUACUCUCGGUAAACGUGGUCGUUACCGAGAGCAGGACUUUGCCGAGUGCCCGACAAAAAACACUCGGCAAAGCGCAAAGCACUUGGCAAAGAGCCGGAUUCCGGUAGUGCCAGCCGUAUGCUUUAUUGCUCUUGGCCAUCUAGUUUGCACUUUUCCACGUCUAAAAAAAUAUGCAAGUCGGUCUAAUUAAAUCUUUGACAGCAUCGUGUACCAUCAGUAAUAAUCUGUGCCAGAACCCGGUCACUGGGCACCGCCAGUAAAAAUCUGAGCCAGAACCGAACCAAAACGUCCCAAUCUUGCAAUCCUUUUUUAAAAAGAACAAACAGAGAACGCAAAACCUACAACAUCUUGCAUCAGACGACAACAAGUGAUGAAAACUAUGUGACGGAGAGAGACAUACAUAUAUACUAGCAUAUCCCUCUUCUCCCCGACACAUUAUGAAUCGAAAUAAUAAUAAAUACGCCAAGACCGAUGAUGAUACGCAGGAGCUUUAGAGACCAUUAAACCAGCGAUGUGCCAGAUGCAACUGGGGAAUAUCCAGCGAGGUUUACUAAGGACGAGGGGCAAUAAAUGGGUUUGAUCUCUGUUCACUCGAUGGGAGGGCUUAGCUGUUUCAAGAGAAGAGAGGAGCAUGGAGAUGAGAGGGCUGGUUCUGGUUUUGGUCAUGGUCAUGGUCAUGGCUCCUCUACCUAGCUGCAAGGCGGCUGAUCAUGAUUUUGGGACAGAGGGUGAAUACAUCAUGGUGAGACGUAGCACACUCACAGUCCUGGUGGUCUUUGCGUUGCUAGUAGUCGGCGUCGCCAUCGGGGUCACCAGGUGGCUGAGGAGGAAAGCGAAGGAAACCACCGCUACAGAAUCACCAGCAGCGAAGCUAUCAUCGCAGUCGUCGCAGGGCGGCCACAGGCAGGUAGCAGCAGUAGCAGCGCAUGCGCAUGCGCAUGGCAGUGGCACGGAGGCGAGCGGCAGGUGGUCGGGCCUGUACAGGUUCACCAGGGAGGAGAUCGAGAGGGCCGUCGACUACGCGAGCAGCAGGAUCUACCUCGGCUCCGGCAGCGCGGGGCAGGUGUACCAGGGGGUGCUCCCCAGCGGGCAGCUCGUCGCCGUCAAGCACAUCCACAGGACGGCCAUGUCCGGGUCCUUCACCAGGGAGGUGGAGCAGCUGUGCAAGGUCAGGCACCCCAACCUGGUGUGCCUCUUCGGCUACUGCGACGAGGAGGGCGACCAGUACCUGGUGUACGAGUACUGCGCCAAUGGGAACCUUGCCCAGAACCUACUCAGGAGUGACUCCGUGCUCCCAUGGGAAACAAGGGUGAAGAUCCUGAGGGACUGCGCAUCCGUCCUGAGGUUCCUCCACACGCACCCUGACGGAUGCAUCGUCCACAGAGACAUCAAGCUCACCAACAUCCUGCUGACAGAGAAGAAGGUGCCGAAGCUGUCCGACUUCGGGCUGGCGAAGAUGCUGGAGAUGGAGGAGACCAAGGUGUUCACGGACGUGAGAGGCACCAUCGGGUACAUGGACCCCGAGUACAUCACCCACUCCAAGCUCACCUGCGCCAGCGACAUUUACAGCUUCGGCGUCGUCACCCUGCAGCUCCUGUCCGGGAGGAAGGUCAUAGAACUCGACAUCGUUGCGCGUGAUUCACUCACCAAGAAGGCCAAGGAUGUAGUGAGUGGGAAGAAGCCACUGGAGGAGUUCAUAGACCCACGUGUGAGGGACGAUGUCGUCAUAGAAGAUUUCGUGCUGAUACUGAAGAUCGCAGUCCUCUGCGUCGCGAGCUCAAGCGUAGGACGCCCCACCAUAAAGGACGUGUUCGAGGAGAUGGACAGAGCCCUGAGAAGUACAGCCGUAAAGACUAGAGCAAGGAAGGAGAUGAACGCGGCAAGUUUGACUGCUCAGUAUGCAAAGGUGUUAGACGUGUAGAUCGUGUUGUGUUGUGCCUUCUUGAGGAUAUUACAACGACCGACCGCAUGGAGGUUCCAAGGCCAUACAAAACAACCCAGACGCUCCGCGGUGAACGGAUUUGACAAAAAGGUUGUACGACUGAUAGCAACUGCCUUGCGCGCGGCUGUUAAUACUUAGUAACCUCAGAUCCCCUUUGAUUUGAGAUCGGAGAAGAUUAAGGCCUGCUUUGGGAGACAUAAAACCAGAGGAGAUUGGAGUGGCUAGAAUCUUUAUAUUAUUUAAAAUUGAAUAAGAAAAAGAUUUUAGGCUCUCCAUAUUAUUUAAAAUAGAAUGGAGAGACUCUAGAAACCAAAAAACAAACUAAUUUUCCCUAAAUUCACUCUUAUUAUUAAAGUGAUUUGAGUUUUCAAACUAGCCCUAAGGAUCUGUAUACGCACUUGUAAAUGAAUGAAGUGAAGUUCAGUCAAAAUUCAGGCUAUGUAAGCAGCUCGGAUAUAAACCUGAUAUG